UUUUCCACCCAUCUCGAAAGCGAAAAUCGUAAGAAGAGGGUUUUCUUCUUUAGUAUUCCUUUCUACAAUCUAAAAAUCACAAUUCCAAAUUAGACCAUACUAUUGAAUUAUGAUUGAAGGGAUUCACUACAAUCUUGUCGAUUUUUGAAGAAAGUAAAGAAAAAAAAAAAAAUUUGUAAUUCUGAUAGAAUCUAUGACAGAAGAGGAAAUCAAGAAGAAAGAUGAUGAAGAAAAAUGUAAACACAAUUGGGUUAAUUCAAGAACAAGAGCCACUUAUCAUAACCAUCGUCAGGCCAAUUAUGAUAAUAAAAAGAAGAAAGAAGAAGAAGAAGAAAUGGGGAUUUGGGGAAUUCUUAUUUUUGGAUUAAUUGGUGCUACUGCUACUACUCUUGCUGUUGGACAUAUGCGCCAGAUGGCUGAUUGGUUUUCUUCUCAGGUUACCAGGUCACAGUCAUGGAGAGGUGCUAGUGGUCGAUCUUUCCGAUCAAGUUUUCAAGAGGAAUCUUGGAAAAGAUAUAACCGUCGCAUGCAAGAGGAGUAUGAAGACGAAAUGGAGAGAGUGGAACGUAUAAGGCGCAUGCAAAGUGUGUUCAAUAGGGGAAAAAAUAAAAACAAACAGGAUUAUGAAAGUUGGAAGGAAAAUAAUUCAGGUCGAUAUCAUCAACAUUUUCAAAGAGAUGAUUGGUAUUGGAAAACGAAUACAUCACAAGGAAACAGAAGUAAUUUUAGGGAACCUCCUAGGUCCCCUGUAAAUUAUGCAUUGUCCCAUCACUAUGCAAUCUUGGGUCUCAGCAGAUCAAGGACGACGCCAUACACAGAUGCUGAGAUUAAGACUGCAUUUAGAAGCAAGGCAAUGGAAUUUCAUCCUGAUCAGAAUCAAGAAAAUAAAGAGGUUGCUGAAGCAAGGUUCAAGGAGGUUAUGACAUCUUACGAGGCCAUAAAGACUGAAAGGAAGAAUAUGAAAUAGAUAAAACUGCUUUUCAUUUUACAAAAGUGGAUCGAUGCCUCUCGAAAUCUUAAGUAACACAGGUGGCUCUUAGGUUUCCUACGCUAAGGUGGCUCCCUUUAUCAUCCAAGCCGGGGCUUUGAUUUGUGUAAUAUAGACACAACAAUAGUUGUGGGCUGUUGAGUUAUUGUUUUUAACAUAUGCUAUAUAGUUGCAAAAAGAAUUCUAGUACAAAUUAGUUUAGUAUCUAUUUUUUUCUUCUUUUGGGCAUAAUAAAUUACAGGUUACAUGUAUAAACUUAAUAACAAUGGUGAUUCAGCCAUUCACAUUUUACGAAACUAGAGGCUAGAGAAUUUACCCCAAGCA